AUGGCUGAGGCAACGCCUGCUUUGAGGAAGCCUGUGUUCACCAAGGUAAAUGAGCUGAGACCAGGAACCAAUGGUCACUCACUGAAUGUGAAAGUUGUCAGCACCAAGAUGGUGAUGCAGAGAGGAGGAGGAGGUCGUCCCAGUGGUCCUCAGGCACGUCAGAUGCGUAUUGCCGAAUGUUUAGUCGGAGACGAGACUGGAAUUAUUAUCUUUACUGCAAGAAACGACCAAGUGGAUCUGAUGAAAGAGGGCAGUAUAGUGACUCUUCGCAAUGCGAAGAUCGAUAUGUACAAGGGGUCUAUGAGGCUUGCAGUUGAUAGAUGGGGCCGUGUUGAAGUCGUGGAAGAGCCCACAGACAUCACCGUGAAGGAAGAUAACAAUCUUUCGCUGAUCGAGUAUGAGCUUGUGAGUGUGGAAGCUUGA